AUGGCUCCGGCACUCGGUAUUGUCCAGAGUGUCGGCAAGUCUGACAGCAACAACAGCAGCUUGGUGGAUAGAAUCCUGACCAGUAGCCAGUACUCCGAGCUUCGCCCGAGCCCAGCGCAGACGGGUGGCUUCCCCGCCGACAACAAGGAAGGCCUAGGGGAGGCUGAGCCCGACAGCAUCACCUGCUGCGACCUGACGCGCCAGCGGGGCACGCGAGAAGUCGGGCUCGAGCCCCUUGGCUUCCAGGGCCUCAUCGGCCGACAUACGGGCCACUAA